UAGACACAGGGGUUCCCCAACAGUGCACAACCCCCCCACCCCCUCUCUAGUAACUAGUGUCAUGCACAGUACCUCCUGUGCCAGCUGCAGGAGGAGGGCACAGCGCCUUGACAUGUGCUGGCAGAGGGGUCUGCACGGCCUGGAUGAGGAGGAAGAGGCAGGAUCCCUGGGCUGAAGAGAAGAGUAGCUAUGGAAGGAUCAAAGCAAACAAGAAUUUCUCGACCUCACAAGAUCAGUGAGUCUUCAAAGUUGUACCGAUGGACCGACCUUUCCUCUCUGGUUCUUCAGAAACUCAAUGAGCAGAGGCAGAAGGAGCACUUUUGUGAUGUUGUUCUGGUGGCCGAUGAUCAAAGAGUGCCAGCUCAUAGGAACUUUCUAUCAGCCUGUAGUGACUACUUCAACUCUAUGUUCACCAUAGGCAUGAAAGAGGCCUACCAAAAGGAGGUGGAGCUGGUUGGUGCUUCAUUCAUAGGCCUCAAAGCUGUUGCUGACUUUCUGUAUACCGGUGACCUGACACUGGACGGAGGGAAUAUAGAUUAUGUCUUGGAAACUGCCCACCUUUUACAGAUUUGGAAAGUGGUGGACUUUUGCUGUGAGUACCUGGAGAAUGAGGUCAAUGAUGAAAACUAUCUGUACCUUCAGGAAUUGGCCUCCAUCUACAGCCUGGAACGUCUUGGUUGUUACAUUGACUCAUUUAUCCUCCGCAACUACAGCACCCUGUGCUUCACAAAUGCUUUCCUGCAGAACAUCCCUUUGCAGAAACUCUGCCUGUAUUUGAUGAGUAGUCAAGUGCAGCAUGUCAGUGAGCAUGACCUACUGCAGUCUGCGCUACAAUGGUUGACUCACUCUUCUCAACGGGAGAGCCAGGCUUAUCAGGUUCUGCAGAACAUUCGGUUCCAGCUAAUAUCAAAGAGUGAACUUUUGCAUCGUGUCAAGCCAGCUGUAUGUUCUCUACUCCCAAAAGAGUCAAACUGUGAGAGUUUGGUUGAGGAAGCCAUCUAUUACCACAACAAUGUUGCAGCACAGCCACUGCUCCAGAACAUUCGUAGCACUCUACGUAUUGGAACAGAGUGCCUUCUCUUUGUGGGUGGAGAGGUCUCUGAACACUGUCUUGAAUUAAGUGAUGAUGUUUACAGUUUGGACUCCCAGAAGGAGCAGUGGAUGUCGGAGACACAGCUCCCUGCAAGAAGAAGUCACCACUGUGUCACAUCUCUGGGAAACUUUAUCUAUGUGGCUGGAGGAAGUUUCUCAAGGGACAACGGUGGAGAUGCUGCGUCCAACCUGCUCUACAGGUACGAUCCCCGCUGGAGUCAGUGGAUCCAGGUUGCCUCCAUGAAUCAGCAUCGUGUGGAUUUUUAUUUAGCUGCAGUGGCUGAUAAACUUAUCGCAGUUGGUGGAAGGAAUGAAAAUGGCGCCCUGUCUUCAGUGGAAGUCUACUGCCCUCAGCUUGAUACUUGGAGCUACGUAUCUGAACUGCCAAGAUUUACAUAUGGACAUGCUGGAUCCGUACACAAGGAUUAUGUCUACAUCUCUGGAGGACACGAUUACCAGAUCGGACCUUAUAGGAAAAACCUACUGUGCUAUGACCCCCGAGCUGAUGCCUGGGAGGAGAGAAGACCAAUGACUAUUGCCCGGGGCUGGCACAGUAUGUGCACACUUGAUGACAGUAUAUAUGCUAUAGGAGGAAGUGAUGAUAACCUGGAAUCUAUGGAACGAUUUGAUAUCCUUGCUGUGGAGUUCUACAGCCCCCAGUGUGAUCAGUGGACACGGGUUGCUUCCUUACUUCAGCCUAACAGUGAAUCUGGGGUGGCUGUUUUAGACAAUAAGAUUUAUAUUCUGGGUGGGUAUAGCUGGGAGAACACAGCUUUCUCAAGGACUGUACAAAUAUACGAUAAAGAAAGGAAGAAGUGGGUAAAAGGGACAGAUCUCCCUAAGACAGUCGCUGGGGUGUCUGCUUGUGUGUGCAUGCUGAAAAACCGGAGCAAUGACAAAGCUAAAAAAACAAAAACAAAAAGGCAGGCAGACAGAGGCCGAUGAUGGUUUGACCUAAUGUACAGCUCAGAUGUAACACAUAAUAUUUCAUGUUACCCACAGCAUUAAGACAUGUGCCCAUCUGGGACAUUUAUGGCAUAUCCACAGGAUAUGUAACUCUCAUUGACUGUUUACAUAACUCUGGGACUUAUGUAAACCGUGUGUCUUGCCGGUCUAUGCCGUUAGAGCAACUCUGAGUAAAGUCAAUGGGAAAUAGACAAGUUGUGCAACUCGAAUGCAUCUGCUGUUUUCAGCUGCCCGACCGCCUCUGGUGGCUGCAAACAGGCUGGGGAGCCCUUAAUUUAAAGAUAGGAGCAGUUCCCAUCGUGGGACCUACACCUAGGGAACAUUUAUGUUAUAUCCUGUGGAUACGCCAUAAAUGUCACAGAUGGGUAUACCCCUUUAAGUAAAUGGUUGGGUCUUCUUAGGGAACGUCCUAUGCUGGUACGUAGGUCUCACUGUGCGUGGAAAAGCAGCAAAAGUGAAGACACCUCUAAAGGACAACUUCACUUAAAACAGAAUAUGAGUCUUUUAUUACAAGACUUGUUUAUGGAAGGUCAUAAUGAAGGUUUCCUACAAACGUUUACCGUUCGUGCACAUAAAUGUAGCAAAUGGUUGUUUUAUUCUGAGCUACUGAGCUACAAGAACUAAUCACCGAAGUGCAGAGGUGACAUCACUAUAUGAUGCUGUCAUGGGGCUGAUUCAUCAGUGAACUGUAAAACCAUCAUGGCUGUUAUCAGGUUUUGCGCCUUUCUCAUUCUACUUAUUUUUGUUCCAAUUCUGAACAUGGUUUUAUUAGCUAAAUCUACUUGUAUUGACUAGUAAGUGUAGAACCUUUCUUUAAUGAUCCUGAGUUACACCACGGUGCACUGAUCUCUAGUAACAGUAAAUCGGAGCAAUUGUGA